AGAACAACGAGUAGUCGGUAACACACCCACGUUACUUUCAGUCAGCCACUUAGCGGGAGUUAGUGUUGACUGCUCAAAGCCAUUCAUUAUUGUCGCUGUGCAGACUCACUUAUAUCAGUAAUGCCAUGUCUGAGAGGCGUAUGGGAGUGGAUUGGCUGUGGAAAAGACCAUAGCAACGACAACUAGAACAGUGAGGACCUGGUGAUGAGAAGAGCAGCCAUGUCUGACAGGAAGGCAGUGAUCAAAAAUGCGGACAUGUCGGAGGAGAUGCAGCAGGAUGCUGUUGAAUGUGCCACCCAGGCCUUGGAGAAAUACAACAUUGAGAAGGACAUCGCCGCCUACAUCAAAAAGGAGUUUGACAAGAAGUACAACCCAACCUGGCACUGCAUCGUAGGACGGAACUUCGGGAGCUACGUGACCCACGAGACCAAGCACUUCAUCUACUUCUACCUGGGUCAGGUGGCCAUUCUGCUCUUCAAGUCUGGCUGAGUCCACGCUCAACCUAUUUCAACUGGUCAAUACAUAAUGACUGACUACAGAAAGGCCGUUGAUUCCAGUUCUGGGACCCGCCUUCUUAUUGCUGCUUUUCCGUUUUUGUUUUAACAGAAUAGCCAUAUAUGUUGGAAUAUUAGUAUAAAAUGCUUAUUUUUGUUUUCUAUAAAGGUUCAAUGUUUAAAUUAAGCACAAUUGUUUGGAUUUUUUAAUUAAAGCAAAAUGGUGUGACCCGA